AAGUUCAGGAACCUGAUGAACCGGUUGUCUCGCCCGCCCUCUCUCUCUCUCGCUCACUCACCUUGCACUGUUGUUGGUUUCGGUCCUUGACUAAGUCUCCACCGCCGAGUAGAGUUUUGAUCCGAUUUGUAGAGCUGAAAACAAAUGAAGCUGCAAAAUGUCUAGUAAAGUUCCAAGACAUUCUGAUGGAAGCCGGUCUACUAAUAGACCACAUCGAGAACGAAGACCGAGAGACCGCCCAACUACUGAAAGUAACCAUUCUGGCAGGCGUCGCAUGGAAGACCGCAGAGACCAUAACACAACCCAACCUUCAAGAGAACCAUACCCUCCUAGUGAAAGACAUGCAAAUGAUCCACCAGAAGAAUCUUACGCCAGACAACCCACUACAAGAGAUACACCAUCUUCUUCAGCACCUCCCGUUUACAGCUCUGUAUCACAAGCCAACACUCCACCCAAAGAAUCCUUUGGAACAAAGUGUUCAUAUUUGUGCUCCAGACGAGGUGUCUUGCAGUUUUCUGAAAUCAUAACCAACUUCAUGGUCCUGAUCUGUGUGGCAGCAUCGCAAGCAGCAAUUUCUGGAUACACGUCCAUGGGAGGCCUUGGGAUAGGCGCUUUCAGCAUUGAUUCAGCAUAUAGCCCUUUCCAAGGCACGGAGCUGAAGCAGGUCCGGGAAUAUGAUAUGCAGUUCACUCAGAUGAGAGCUCCUGGCGUGUAUGGAGGGGUGACAUUCUGCAUUGUCAUUGGUUCUCUCACAAUUCUUUUUCUGGUGGGUGGUGCAAAACCUCUUCACCGUAUUUCUCCAAAACUUCUGAUAGCUGAAUUUGUGUUCAACAUUCUUGCAUGCAUAGGGUAUAUAGUGGGUGUUGCACUUUACUUGCAUCUCAUAAUUAAGGUAAAUAGCACCGAAGUUUGCAGAUUAAGACACCGUUUGUAUGCAGGCCGGGGUUACACUUUUAUGAAUUGUGAUGUUCAAGGCGGAGAUGCCGCUGUGGCAUUAUUUGGCUUAAUCUCUGCCGGUUUGUAUUGUGCAAGUGCAGUUCUGAGUUUCCUGAAGCUGAGAACUGUGAAGAAAGUUAUAUAUGUAAACAAUGCAGUUCAACAUAGUUUGGAGAAAGAUGAAUAUAAAAAGCGUAUAAAUCAUCAGGAGGUGAAGACUGAUGUUGACCUGACAACAUUUGUGUGAAGUAGCUGCGUCAUGCUAAAUAUAUCUUAAUUCCCAAAAUCAAAAUACUGCAGAUUCUAAAAUCUGACAUAACACCAGAAAAUGUUAGAAAUACUCUGUUAAUAUCCAUUGCCUCAUCAAAAUUAGAUGAUAGACAAUUGAGACUUUCAUAUUAUGAAGGUCUCAAGUUUAAUCUCCUGUCACUGCUGAAUUCGCUAGACACUAAAACAGAUACUAAACCUGGCUACUAUUUCCAGGGCCGGAAGAGGAGAAAUUCACUUUGGAUAGUUAUCCAAGAAUCUCUGUAGUGUGUGCAUAUGGUUUCCAAACAGGAAUAUAGUCAGUUGGUUAUUUUAAAAUUCAUUAGAUUGCAAAAAUAAUGACCAACUUGAGAGCAACCAGGACAGAAUCUGUGAACUAUCAAGAUGAAAUAAUAAUUUUAUACUUUUCCAUUCAACAUAACUAAAAAAGGUUUUUAAAAUGUAAUGGUGAACGUUCAUAACCUUGAUAUUUUUAACUCAUUUCCUUUUUAAAUUUAUAACACUAGGAGAUACCUAGGUAUAUGGUCAGUUAAUAUAUUGAUUAAGAAAUUGAAUUAAUAGAAGGGUCUCGACCCGAAACGUCGCCCAUUCCUUCUCUCCAGAGACGCUGCCUCACCUGCUGAGCUACUCCAGCAUUGUGUGUCUACCUGGGUAAAAAAUCUUUGUUGCUGGUGCUUUCCAGGUUUAGGCCACUUUUUGUAUACCUUUCAAAUAUUUAAUUCCAUUAAAGAUGGGCAACAUAUAAUUACAAUAGGCAAUUUAUAAUUUAGCAGCAAGGGCUAGUGAGCAAAGACCAACUUCUGCAGCACUAAACAUGCAUAUGCCAUAGUGUUUAUGAUGUUCUUCUUAAUGAGUGAGUGAAUCUAAAAUGUCACUUAUCAAGUUAUUGUGAAAGCCAUCUGUCAAUCAUUGUGUGUGGCAAAUUAUAUAUUUUAAAGUCUAUUGUUUGUUCUCUAUAAAAUACAGAUUUAAUAAAACCUUUUGGAUUUGAGCCAAUGUUUAAGCUGCUGCAUUUCCACUCUGUUUUAAACACUUCUCAUUUCACUGUGUUGCUAUCUUAAUAUGCUAUAGUACAUACACGCUGGAUGAACAAAAUCAGCUUUAAAAUGACAUCAAAUCAAAUUAUUUCAGCACUGCAGUGGAAAAUUUACUGAAAGCAGUGCACUUGCCAAGGAGUGUACAUACGAUAAAGUUACUGAUGCUAUGUGUAGAAAAUAGUUUGCAUGAAUUGUAAAUAACUUUGCACCUAAUAAAAACACGCAGUAACUAUUUUACAUGUGGUUUUGUUUAAGGUAUUAGAAACAGUACCUAUUUUGUAAGGCUACAUUGAAAAUUGUAUUUUAAAUAAACUUCUUUUCAAAAACA